AACAUGUUAUUUAAAGCAUUUGUAUCUUACAAAUCUUGACGUGGAGAUCAAAGAACUAUUAUUUACAUCAAUACAGGAUCUUAAUUGUUUCUGUCCACAACUUUGUAAUUUAUGCCUUUACAUGGGUCUCAUUUGCCAGAACAGAUCGCCAGCUAAUGUCCCAUACAGGAAAUCGCCAUAAUUACGUAAGAUGAAUUCCAUUUAGGGAAUGCCAUUCCGUUAAGAGAUUAAAAAAGAUGCCGGUUUUCCUAUUUUGAUAUGUACAUUUAUGGAAUGAUUCGAUAUUGACGAUGUCUCCUGUGGAAGUUCGUGCAGAAGAAUUGUCAAAAGUGAUCGUGCAUUGAAUAGAAAAUUAAUUAAAACCACGGAAAUGAAUUUCAUAGAAGUUGGACUACCGCAUACAGAGUUUGUCCCAACGAAGAAAGAGUUCAGUCCAAGACGCCCGAUACCAAUGUCUGGCCUAAGCAAGAAAUACAUGGGUUUAGAAACACUUUCCAAAUCCGAAAUGGGUUCUCUGAUAGAUCGACUAUCACAACCAAAAGCACCAACCAUUGGUCAAGCCCCCGAGAACGAUACAACGAAUGAAAAUAAACCUAGGCGCAGAUUUACAGGUUGUAAAAAAAUGAACAAAUCCGACGUGGAUAGCAUGAUCUCUAGGUUGUCCAGUACCAAACCAGAUAAAACACCAGAAGCAAGGCGGAUCCAAACGACAGAGGAGCGGGUUAGACGAGGUGUGACUGCAAGUUACGCUUGGCAGGGUAAAGUUCCUGGGAGAGGAAAUCAGACUGUUUCAAACUAUCACAUACAAUAUAGAAAUAUGCUCAAACGUCAUACUGAAACCAACUGGCAUAGAGGAACGGUCAGUUAAACACCACAAAUAUGAUUACAAACUACACACAACCCAGUUAUCCUCAAUGGCUGUGCAUGAAGUAAAGAACACAUCCAGCAUCGUUAAUGGAGUAAAAUCAAAAGCAACAUGUCAUAACAUAGAUCCAGCUUCACCACUACGAUCCCUGGAAUGUGAUGACAAUUGAAAAAUCAUCAGUUGUGCUCUUAUUGUACUUUUUUUUUCUACUGGCAUAAAUCAACGUCACUGUCGUCAACAGAAAAAUCAUGUUUUAUUUUUCAAAACAUAUGUAACCCAUUAUAUUCUCAAUCCACCCAGCAAGUACAUUUCUGUUGUAUUCCUACUGAACUGUAAAAAAAAACCCACCUUAAAUCUAGAAGUGCCAAGUAAGAAAGGCAUGUAGUAUGUCUGAUACAAUCAAAUAUUCAAUAUGGUCAAAUAUCAAACUAAGAAUUCGAUCUUCUGAAAAUAUGUUGCAUGUACUACUCGUAGACUAGAAUUGAGAUGGUUCUUCACUAAUGAAACAUGAAACGUUAACAGUAAGCACUGCUGCAUGGUUUCAUUUUAACCUCAUUACAUAAGCCAUUUUCAGAGCUUUGUAACUCUAAGGACAAUAGAAUAUUUAUGUAGCUUAUUUAGGUUUUAUGUCAUGUAGUUUGACAUAACUAAAGGAAUUGUGGUAAUUUGAAGCAAGAAAACAAUUGUGACGGUUUCGUGUUUUGCUUGGAAGAGAAUCGACAGAACAGAGUACAGUGAUAAAGAUUACUAUGCAAUGUUUGGUGUAUUGAUACCUCAAAUUCCACACCAUCAUAACAUCAAUGUUUGUGACAAACAUAUGUCUAUAACCUAUAUGUAGGUAAAUAGAUAGACUGAUAGAUAGAUAGAUAGAUAGACUGAUAGAUAGAUAGAUAGAUUUAAAAAAUGAUAUGUUUUGCGAAGUGUUUCUGCGAAAAGGGGCGUUUAUCUACAAUGAGAAAACAAGCAUAGUCUACGAAAUAUCAAAAUAUCUCCUUCAUGAUAUUUUUACUUGUUUAUCGAUGAAAUGUACAAGUAUAUUUUUAUCAUUCAUUGAAAAUCUUACACUAUAUUUCACUAUAUCUUAAUCUUACACUAUAUUUCACAUGUCAACAGGGGAUGCUUACUACUCCUAAGCAUCUGAUCCCACCUCUGGUGUGUCCAGGGGUCCGUGUUGGCCCAACUAUCAAUUUUGUAUUGCUUAUAGGAGUUAUUAGAUUGAUCACUGUUCGUUGUCUUCACCUUUCAUGUAAAGAAGUCGACAUUUUUGCCACUGUAUGUAACAAAUUGUUACAUGCCGUCUCGUUGUUAUAUACCGUGUCGUAUCACUUUAGUUUUACAAAAAACCAACAACAUCAAAAACCAAACAAACACUAUGAGACAGAGCCUUCUUGUUCAUAACGUAACGUCAAAAUGGCUCAACGUUAUCGUAAAUUAUACUGUAUAUAUGUAUGUAUUAUAUAUGAAUAAAGCUUCCUAUGAACAUAUGAAAAUCAUUUUAUGAAAACAUACAUGUAUACCAUAUAAAGGAACUUUGAGGAAUAUCUUUUGAUUUGAACACGGGGCCGAAUUUGGCCCCAAACGCACAGAGUCCUUUACAAUGAGGCAAGAUUGCUUAAAAAUCACUUCAAUUUAUUCGAGGUUAUUUCAUUUGAAUAAUUAUGAAAUAUGUAAUUAUCAGAAACUCUUUUUUAUUAUUUUGACGAUAAUUGAAUAUUACAUUAUUUAAGAUAGCCAGUGGUAAUUCUGUCUUUAAUUUCCUCGAAUUCAAUAAUGAUCAUCUCCUAUGAAUAAGAUACUUUUUGCACGUAAAACAUGCUUACAGUUUUUCGUUUACACAAGAGUGCAUACCACAAAUUCGUGUAAAUCAAAGUUGAGGAAAGUUAAUGUGGCAUUUGCCUCACCUAACUCGCUUUAUAUAGUAAAAUCAAGACGAUAUAUGUACUUUGCUAUCAAAAACCUGAUUAGAAUUUAAUUUAAAUGAAAAGGUGACGUUAUUUAGAUACUACUUUGUCAAAUCAUAUGCAGAGUAUUUUAAUUAUUUCUUGUCCGACAAGGAAGCUUUUUAAAGUAUUUUUAAUCACGAGUUUAGGUAAUUAGAUUUCAAAUUGGUUUAAAUACAUAUAAUCUAGAUAUAUUUAUCCAUGCAUCAAAUAUUCUUUUCUACACAAUCUGUUAAAAUUUAGAUUCCAUGUACAAUGUGUAUAUUUAUUUUAGUGCUAUAUUGUUUCAGACUUAUUUCGAAGAACUGUUAGGCAAACAUAAUAGCAUAAACACAGGUAUAAUUCUUUGUACAAAAACGAGAGAGAUGUAAAAGAUUCUCAGAAACAUUGGAAAUAAAAUAGACGUUCUUGAUGAUAAUUCAAUCUUUGUUAAAUUUUUUCCAAAAUCUUUUAACCGCGAAAUGAGUAAAAGUAAUAAACUGUCGAUUUCAGCUAUUUAUAAACGUUUUUAUAAUAGUGAUGCUGUCUGAAUGAUUUAUGUCUGUGGUUCAAAAGCACGUCUUUCUUGUUUUGAUUUCUGUUAAUAAAGUUAUUAUGUACG